AAUCGAGCGACACGCUGCUUUUCCUUUAGUUGCGGCAAGACCCGCGAUGUUCCAAAUUAGUAUUAUGAGAAAUUUAAAAAAUGUACGCCGUGUUGUGGAUUUGCGCGUCUAUUAGUGCAGUGAGCUGUCUGAAAUCGUCUUUAUUAACACCGGAUCUCGAGUGGAAAUAUUUUGAUUACGAGUGGGAAUCGGAAUCGAAAAGGAAUACUUUUGUUCUUAAUGGCGACUACGAUUACAAGAACAACGUUCCAGUUGACGCUGAUAGAUCCAAAGACGGGCGAACAUUCGUGACGAUAAAAGCGGGUCCAGGUGUGCCGGCUACUUUGAAUACAGUGUCAAAAAAGGUGGGGCCAUCGGGACCCCUAUUGUAUCCUUACCCUGAUUGGUCGUGGCAUAUUAAGAACGAUUGCAAUGUUAUUACAAGUGUUUAUCACAUCGCGAUUGAUUCUUGCGAUCGACUGUGGGUCUUGGAUAGUGGAAAAAUAAGCGGUGAAUACGUUUGUCCUGCUCAACUUUUGGCUUUUAAUUUACGCACGGACAAAUUAGAAUUUAAAAAGAAGAUACCCCCGAACGCUGCCGAGGAUAGAUAUGGAAAUGGAUUGCUGUACAAUCUUAUUGUUGCGACCGAUGGUAGACUUUGCAAUAGUACAAAGGUGUUUAUGGCAGACGCUCGAGGUUACGGUCUGGUGGUCUGGGACGGCUUGAGAUUUUUUCGCGUAGAAGGAAAAGUGUUUGAACCCGAAGAAAAAUACACGAGAUACAGUAUUGCCGGUGAAAAAUUUCAUUUGACCGAUGGCGUUAGAGCUGUGGCACUAUCUCCAGCAAUGGGUAUGGACGAUGACGAGAGGUACUUAUUCUUUCGACCUUUGGCUUCCAAAUCGUUGUACGCAGCGAAUUCGAACGAUUUGGCCAAAGUUGGAAACAGAAAAAGGAUGAAUUAUUUUGGAAGCAUCGAUAUUCUACCGAGUCAGGCAUCGUCGCUAGCUUUUUCCUCUAACGGUACAUUGUUUUACGGAUUGACGAAGGAGAUCGGUAUCGGAUGCUGGAACAUGCAUAACCCGCUGACGCCUAACUAUUUAGAAUUAGUGCUGAUCGACAAGGAACGGCUGCAAUUUAUCAGUGGAUUAAAGCUCAUACAUAAUUCCAGAUUUCUGGCGCAGCCGCAAGAGGAAUUGCUGAUAUUAUCCAAUCGACUUCAAAAGGUUUAUGGAAGUUCCCUGGAUUAUAACGAGAUCAACUUUCGCAUACUCAGGCUUUCCGUAAAAGCUCUGAUCAAUGGAACCAACUGUGAUACAAUAAAACCUUCCAAGAAAGAGCCGGCGAUUGCUUGAACAGCUACUUGCGCACGGAGGAAAGAAUGAAAAAACCGUGAAUCACAAUUACUCUUAUCUGUUUGCGUCGUACCUGAUGAUUAAAAAAAAUAUUGGACUAGAAACGGUUUUAUUGCAGGAAAAACUCGUAUCGAAUGCGUCAUGGGUGAAGAUCUAUUUGCGAAGUUGUUUAAAAAUAAACUUGAAUUGCAACUUCAGUUGCGGAAAGUAUCAAA